UACUGUGAAAUUGAAAAUUUGUUACUGAGAAGGUUCAUUUUUCAUUUGAUUGGGAAAUUUUGGGUUUUGAUUUGAAAUUGAAAAUUUGUUACUGAGAAUGUUGUUUUGGCUACUGAGUUCUAAUUCGAAUGGCAUUACGAGCUAUACAAUUAAAAACGUAAUGGUUUUGGUUGAUUUAUUGAAUUUUUAGUUAAUCUGUGUUGAUGCAUGUGUCAGUUUUUUUAUAUCUAAUUUAUUUUUGGUGGAAUGUGCUUGAAACUUACAUUUUGCAAAAACAAAUUGUAUUCUUAAAAUUGAAGUCUUCCCCUGAUGAGUGGUUUUAGUUUUGGAGGAGUAUAUGCUGAGAAUUUGGGAUUUUUUUUUUUUUUUUCAAUAUGUAUUGGUUUUAUUUGAUGGAUGCAUGAUUGUCCACCUGUUGUUGUCUCAUGUUUUGGCAGUGUUACUAGUUUGGGACCUAAUUUGUUCACCAAAUUCUGCAACUUAACAACUCUCAAUUUAGUGAAUGUACGUUUAGGUCUAUCUGAUGUACAGACCAUCUGUACUUGUUGUUUGAGCCUUAUCACUUUGUUAAUGGAUGGGUGUUACCUUCCCCUUAAAUUGAGGAUUUUCAGCUCAUUAGUUCGUUUGAGAAUUUUAACAAUUUGCUUUUGCUUUGAGGUGGAGGAAAUUGAACUGUCAGUUAUGAAUCUCCUUAGAUUUGAAUAUUCUAAUUUACUUUUGGUUAAAACUUCUUUCCUUAAUGUCCCUAAGCUAGAAGAAGUGUGUUUCGGUGUAAUACCGUGAAAGAGACAUGCAUUAUAUUUUCCAACAGCUUGCAAAAGAUCUCCCUAAUCUGAGGAUGCUACAUGUUUCUAUUUCAACUAAGUUGUUCUGCAUACCUAAGAGCAUUGGUAUCUUCAGCAACGUUGAAACUUUGGAGCUGUGUUUCUCUCAAAGAAUGGAAUUUGACGCCUUGAAGGUGAUAGCUAUUCUCAAAGGCUUUCCCCUUUUAAAGAAAUUUUAUAUGAUGAUGCCAUGCCCAAAUGACUUUGAACAAGGAAUGCUUGAGCCUAACGAAAAUGUCCAUGAACUUGAACAUGAACAUUUGAAGGAAGUUCAUCUUGCUGAAUUUUAUGACACCCCAAAUCAAAUUAAUUUUUCUAUUUAUUUGAUCAAACAUGCUUGUGCUCUUAAGGAGGAAUGCUUGUACCAUCCUUGUCACCAAGCACUCCAACUGUAUCGCCACCAUAUAGAACAACUCCUCCAACUCUGACUAUUCAAGGACAUGCACCAUCCAUACUGCUAAGUCCUUCACCAGUUAAGAAGACUG